UCAUCUUGCACCAUAUGCUACGUACAGUACAGUUUCACCUUCGACACUCAGCCACAGACGAGUCCACCAUGCCUGUAUAUCAGUAGCGCCGUUUCGCGUCGUAACACCUCAGCGUUGUCCUAACCACACGCUGAGACUCGUCUCGUUCUAGUUCUCACCAGUCUGGGACUACUAAACCAGUCUGUCUAUGAGGCGAGCCGUCGUUGGAGUCUAUGGACAGGGCCAGGGGGCUUUGGUGCUUAUUGAAGCUACCGUAUCAGGCUAUGUCAGGGACAAGGCCCACGAAGGGUUGUUCGAUCUUAGACUCUUGGGUUCUGCUGCUGAUGUUUGUACUUGUGUUUUAUUUGUCCCUGUGGUGUCACAUGUAUAUUGUGCUCACGUGAUCAGCAUGUUGUGACACGCCAGCUAUUUAUAUCAAGUCGUCACCUCUCUCCGGUGGCAGCCAGUACCAUCCUCUAAUUUCAUCUGCAAAUCGAUCAUCUUCACCCAUUGAAGGUCCACCGGCAAUAAGCAGGGAACUUACUGUGCUCUCCCUGGUCCAACCCCACAUUUCUGACAUUCAAGCCUGAGGUGUAGACCACAAGCGUCUUUAAUGCCAGAGUAUGGACUGUCAACAACAUGGAACAGAAAAAUAUGUACAAU